UACCACCGAGGGCGGGUCUUCUGUGCUCCCUGUUGUGGUGACACAUGCAGCCUUUUUGUGACGAGAGUACGUGAGGCCGUUGGUUGGUGAUGCCAGAGUGUCUGACGUUUUGGAGGGCAUGGCCGUCCGAGGUCACUGCCCUUUCUUACGAGCGGGGAGGAAGAAGAAUGGCUGUUGGACUUCUUAAAUCCAUGUAUCAGGAGUUGGUGACCUUCAGAGACGUGGCUGUAGACUUCUCCCAAGAGGAAUGGGAUUGUCUAGAUUCUUCUCAAAGGCAUUUGUACAGUAAUGUGAUGCUGGAGAACUACAGGAUCUUGGUGUCACUGGGUCUUUGCUUUUCUAAGCCCAGUGUGAUAUUAUUGUUGGAGCAAGGAAGAGAGCCAUGGGUGGUGACAGAACUGACAAGUGGCCUGUGCUCAGGUUGGGAAUCUAUGUGUGAGAUGGAAGAAUUAACCCCCAAACAGGAACUUUAUGAAGAUCAACCAUCCCAAAAGAUAACAGAAGAAUUUACAAAUACUGGCCUUGAAUAUUCUAGUGUGAAAGAAGAGUGGAAAUACGAGAGCCAUUUUGGGAAGCAACCAGGGAAUCUAAAAGCCAGUGUUAAAGAAGAGACCAUCUCUUAUGAAGAAGUACUUGUUGAUAACAAAUCUUGGAAAAAUUUCUAUCAGAACACACUGCUUAAUACACAACAGAAAAUCCCCAAAGAGGAGAAAGUAUAUAAACAAGACACACAUAAGAAAAGCUUUCAAAGAAGUUUGGUGACAAUGAAACCUAGAAAUGUCUAUGUCGAGAAGAAACUUUUGAAAUGCAAUGAUUGUGAGAAAGUCUUUAGCCAGAGCUCAUCCCUUACUCUCCAUCAAAGAAUUCAUACUGGAGAGAAACCCUAUAAAUGUGUAGAAUGUGGAAAAGCCUUUAGCCAGAAAUCAAACCUUGUUCAACAUCACAGGAUUCACACUGGAGAGAAACCCUAUGAAUGUAAAGAAUGUAGGAAAGCUUUCAGUCAGAAUGCACAUCUAGUCCAACAUCUGAGAAUUCAUACUGGAGAGAAACCUUAUGAAUGUCAGGUAUGCAGGAAAGCCUUUAGCCAGUUUGCCUACCUUGCUCAACAUCAGAGGGUUCAUACUGGAGAGAAACCCUAUGAAUGUAUUGAAUGUGGGAAAGCAUUUAGCAACAGAUCAUCCAUCAUUCAACACCAGAGAGCUCAUACUGGAGAGAAGCCUUAUGAAUGCAAUGUUUGUGGGAAAGCAUUUAGCCUUCGUGCAUACCUUACUGUUCAUAAGAGAAUACACACAGGAGAGAGACCCUAUGAAUGUAAGGAAUGUGGGAAGGCCUUCAGCCAGAAUUCACACCUUGCUCAACAUCAGAGAAUUCAUACUGGAGAAAAACCUUACAAAUGUCAAGAAUGCAGAAAAGCCUUCAGCCAGAUUGCCUACCUUGCUCAGCAUCAGAGAGUUCAUACUGGAGAGAAACCCUAUGAAUGUAUUAAGUGUGGUAAGGCUUUUAGCAAUGACUCAUCCCUUACUCAGCACCAGAGAGUUCAUACUGGAGAGAAACCUUAUGAGUGUAGUGUUUGUGGGAAGGCUUUCAGUUACUGUGGAUCUCUUGCCCAACACCAGAGAAUUCAUACAGGAGAGAGACCCUAUGAGUGUAAGGAAUGCAGAAAAACCUUUAGGCAACAUGCCCACCUUGCUCAACAUCAGAGAAUUCACAUUGGGGAGUCACUGUCACCACCCAGUGCAGUUAAUCACCAAACCCUGUCUCAGCUCUUUUUCCAAGAACAGCAGAAAAUGAUUGAGUGCCAGCAGAGAUCUGUAUCAUUCAAGGAUUUGGUUGUGGGCUUCACCCAGGAAGAGUGGCUUCGGCUAAACCCUGCUCAGCAGGCCUUGUACCGGGAUGUGAUGCUGGAAACCUACAGCAACCUGGUCUCAGUGGGUUAUAAAGGAACCAAACCAGAUGUGAUCCUCAGGCUGGAGCGGGAAGAAGCACCAUGGGUUUGUGAGGCAACAUACCCAGGCUGCCUCUGUCAGGAAGACAGAUGGCAAGUUAAUGUCCAGAAGGAAGGACAACAAGACAUGCUCUUGGAGCAAGGUGCAUUCUUCAGCAAGGAAACUUUACACAAGGAAAAUAACCAUGAAUGUAAUAAGUUUGGAAAGAUGCUAUUUUUGAGUACUGAUGUUCUUCCUUCAAUUCAGAGCCCCAAUAACUGGGAUUCUUUCCCAAAGAGUUUAAACCAUAACUUAGACUUGAUGGAUUUUAAGAGAAGCUAUGCCAUAAAGCAUGAUGAGUGUUAUGGAUAUGGGAAAUGGUUACUGCAUACAGACUGUGAUAGAAGAUCUAAUGGAGAAAAGUUCCGGGGCUGUAGUCAUUGUGAGAAAGCUUUUGGCCGUAAUUCAGCAUUCAGGUAUAAAACAGUGGUAGCCAGUUCUCUUGUGUACAAACGGAAGAAGAUCCUACCUAUAGAGAAACCCCAUGUCUGCAGUGAGUGUGGAAAAGGCUUCUGUUACAAGUCUGAAUUCAUUAGGCACCAGAGAAGUCACACAGGGGAGAAACCUUAUGGGUGCUCUGAGUGUGGGAAAGCCUUUUCAUAUAAAUCAACCCUGAUUAAACAUCAGAGAAUUCACACUGGGGUAAGACCCUUUGAAUGUUUUUUUUGUGGGAAAGCCUUCACUCAGAAGUCACACCGCACAGAACAUCAGAGAACACACACAGGAGAGAGACCUUUUGUAUGCAAUGAAUGUGGGAAGUCAUUUGGCGAGAAGUCAUACCUCAGUGUACAUCGGAAGAUGCACACAGGAGAAAGACCCUACAGUUGUAGAGAAUGUGGAAAGUGCUUCAGUCAGAAGUCAUGCCUCAAUAAACACUGGAGGAUUCACACAGGAGAGAAGCCUUAUGGGUGCAGUGAAUGUGGCAAAGCUUUCCAGCAGAAGCCAAACCUCAGCAGGCAUCAGAAGAUCCAUGCUAGGAAGGCCUACAGAAAUGAAAACUUGAUCAUGGUGGGGAUGCCUUGAGCACAAUAACCACUCUCAUCAAGGUAAUUCAGACAGAGUUGUGUGUGCUGGUAUGUAUGUUUGUGUGUGCAGGUACAUGCAGACAAAUGUGUGCAUAUGUGUGGAAGCCAGAAGACAACCCAAGACUUUUUUCUUUUUUUUUUUUUUGAGACAAAGUCUCUCAUUAUCCUGGAGAUUACCAAGUGUCUAGACUGGCUGCCCAGUAAGCCCCAAGGAUCUUCCUGUGUGUGCCUCUGCAAGGCUGGGAUUACCAAGUGAGCACCAUCCUAUGUGGCUUUUUUAUGUGGGUGCUGAGGAUUGAACUCAGGUCCACAUGUUUGCAAGGCAAGCACAAGCACUUUACUCACUGAGCUGUCUCCCUAGCACCCAGCAGGGGGAAGGGAUUAUUAGAAGGAAAGUUAUGCUCCCAUUGCAAUACAAACUUUCAUAGCUAAUAUUGAAAAUACUUCCCAAAAUAUAAACAUGGCUACUGUCAUGAACAGUUUAAAAUUCACUAAGAAUAACAACAGAAUAUAAAAUAUAAAUGUAAAGAGACCUAGAAGUAUACUGUAGUACAUUCCUUAAUGAGCUAUAGAAGAGUGUUUGUAUUUUGGAAUUGCAAAUGUGAAUGUAACAUCAAUUGUGAAUAUCAAACCUGUAUGUUAUAUAGGAUGCCCUUCACCAAACAUUUCCACUAUAAAUACCACCAUUGUCUCUUGAUGUAUUCACUGUGUAGGUAAGAAUGCUAUAGCAACUAUUUUAAGAACUAUAAUGUAUUAUAUCAGUUAUGUUUUCUCCACAUGGUUUGUAGUAACUGUAGUAAUUGUAAAUGGCUGCAGUAGUUAUCACUGGUCCCUUGACCAAAUAAUAAAACAAUGUUUUUAAUGUCUUUUGAUAAGCCAGCUAAAACCUUUACUAAAAAACAUAGCUGUUUAGGGCUAGAGAGAUGGCUUAGUGGUUAAAGCACUUGUCUGUAAAGUCUAAGGACUCAGAUUCGAUUCCCCAGUACCCACACAAGUCACAAGGUAGCGCAUGCAUCUGGCAUUCAUUUGCAGUGGCUAGAGGCCCUGGCAUGCCUAUUUUCUCCCUCUCUAUCUGCCUCUUUCUAUAACCCCCCCCAAUAAAUAAAAUAUAUCUCUUAAAAAGAGCUGUUUAGAAAUGCAAAGCUAAGCAAUAGCUUAACAGCCUGGAAUUGGACAAACAAAUAUGAUUACCAAAUAUACUGUCUGACGGUGUAAGUGAA